AUGGCUUUGAGUAUGCUUUUAACGUUUGUUCUUGACUAUUGUCUUCAAGGAACUAGUGCAUAUAAUUCAUUAAUACAACAAUUUUUUGAUAUAGUUCAUCAUUUAAUUCUGUUAGGACGAUGCUUGUACAACGGUCGUCAAAGUUUUGAAUUGUGUGCUUUUCUUUGGACUGAACAUGAUAAUGCAAAACUUCUAUUAUUAACGAUUAUAUCUUACUUCCAUCCGGUAUUAUCAUUAUGUGGCGUCUAUUAUGGAUAUUAUCGUUCUAUGACAUUUAUAUAUGCUUGCAUCCUAAUGGGCGUAUAUACAAAUUCUUCCGAAAUUGGACUUUAG